AUGGGAUUUAGCAAUAACAAUCCAUUAGAAUCUGAACUCGAUAACAUAUUAAAAGAUGAUGAUGUUGUAAAAAUUGAUUUAAGUUUAAAACAACAGCGAGCUGAUUCUAUUCUUCCUGGAUAUUAUACUGUUGGAGAAAUAAUAUUCCUUAUGGAUAAUUUAUUAAAUGAAGCAUUCCAUUUUGAUGUUGAUACUUAUGCAACAUUGAUUGAUAAUCAAGUUCAAAUUGAAUGUAUUGGUCAACGAAAUUAUUCAGGAAGAGUUUAUACAGUCGAUCCAUUAACACAAAGUAUCGUUCUAAUCGAUGAUACAUCAAAUCGUGUUCAUAUUGUUCUACGACCUGAUAUUAUUCAAUUGAAAAUUCUUGAUCGAAAUAUUUCUCAUCAACUGAAUAAAGAUCCAUUUUUACCAUCAAAUUCAACAAUAGAUAAUCAAGAUGAAUCUAUAUGUGAUCGUUUAGGAAAAAUUCGUAAAUUUCUUUCAUCAAAACGAAUACCAUUUCAAGAAAAACUCGAAGAAAAUAAUUCUAUAACACUUUUAAUACAAAAUGGUAUUGUUCAAAUUAAUUCUCCAUAUAAACAUGAAAACAUUUCAGGAACAAAUGAAAUUGUUCUAUCACGUAUUAAAUUAUUAUUUAAACAGAUUAUUAAUUAA